AUGCUCUUCUGCACCCUCACUGACCUCUCCAUUUCUCUCUGCAGCGUGUACUCUGGGCACCAGUCCAUUCUCAUUCCGCCUUCUGAGCUGGAAACCAACCCUGCCUUGUGGCUCCUAGCCGUCAGUCAGUACAAAGUCCGGGAUACGUUUUGCUCCUAUUCGGUGAUGGAACUUUGUACCAAGGGGCUAGGCUCCCAGACAGAAUCCCUCAAGGCACGAGGACUGGACUUGUCCCGUGUGAGGACCUGUGUGGUGGUGGCAGAAGGAUGGCCUCGAAUAGCACUCACCCAGUCCUUCUCAAAACUCUUCAAAGACGUGGGCCUCUAUCUACAGGCUGUUAGCACCUCAUUUGGCUGUAGAGUGAACCUGGCCAUUUGCUUGCAGGUGAGUUUUGUUGAUGUCAGUCAAUAGUGCUGGGGUGACAGUCACUGUUAAUGACAGGUAUGCAGCACACACUCAAAUUCAACCUACUUUCCUUGGCUGAU